UGGUAAUCGAAAACGCCAUAAAACUCGAUCAAUUUUGAUGUGAUUUUGAUUUUCGCGCCUAUCCUUCAGUUACGUUGGCAGCCCUAGCGGAAAUUCGCUAUUCAGGUAGACGAUUUUGAUUGUCAGUUGACGUCAAAAAAUUUCCUUCAUUUCUUUUCUGUGAAAUAUGGCUUCAGGCAAGAAAUCGAAGAAGACGAAAGGGAAAACCCUCGCGCUAACGGACUUCCUUCAGGAAACUACCGGUAGCAUACCUACGCAACCCAUUAGAAAGUCGACUACAACCUGGGCCGAAGAAGUAGAUGAUUAUGAUGCCAUCGUCACAAAAGCGAUCAAUGUUGUACUGCCAACCGCUCCAAAAGCCUCUAGAGAUUAUGAAGAUAUUGCUGAUAAAGUUCCAAUGGAGCCGCCAUUUAUUGCUUACCUAUCGAACUUGCCCUAUGACGUAGAAGAGGAUGAGAUUGCUGAUUUCUUCAGGAAUUUGAGGAUAUCCACUAUGAGAAUACCAAAAGAUGAGCGACCAGGUGAGCCAGCAAAACUCAAAGGUUAUGGUUAUGUGGAAUUCGAAGAUCGCGAAAGUUUAAUGGGCGCUCUCAUCAUUCCCGAUACCAACUUGAAAAAUCGCAGAAUUCGUAUUGAAGUGGCGGCAAAUUCCGAAAAUGACAGGCGGCGAGGAGGUCGUAUGGGUGAUAGAAUGGGUAGUGGUGCUGAUACUGGUGGCGAUUGGCGUUCGUCUAACAGACCCGAACCAAUGGAAGAGCGCCGUGGCGGUUUUAAUAGGGACAGAGAAGGUGGCUUCAAUAGAGACAGAGAGGGAGGUUUCAAUAGAGACAGAGAAGGAGGUGGAGGUGCAUUUACCAGGGAAGGAAUGCGAGAACCGGGAGCGAGGGAUCGUGAAUAUGGUGGUUUCAAUAGAGAUAGAGAAGGAGGAGGUGGAUUUAACAGGGACAGAGAGGGGGGUGGAUUUAACAGGGACCGAGAGGGGGGUGGUUUUAAUAGGGAUUUUAACAGAGACAGAGAUGGUGGUGGAUUUAAUAGGAACCGUGAUCAAGAUGACAGGCCUGGUGCUUGGCGAGAUGGUGAUAGACCUACUAGUUUUAAUGAUAGAGAUAAGGGAUUUUCCAGAGGAAAUUAUAGAGACUCUGAUAGAAAUAAUAGAUACGAAGAUAGGGAAGAUAGAAGAGGUGGCGGUGGUGGUGGUUUCAGAAGAUACGAAGAUAGUGAAAGGAAUGGGAGUUCAGCGAGAACUGGCGAUAGAGAUGAUAAGGAGCCUGCAGCUCCUAGCUCUGGCUCAGAGACUCGUCAACGUCCAAAAUUGAACCUAGCCCCUCGCACUAAACCCAUAGAGCAAACGGAUGCUAAAGCUGAACCUGCAGCGCCUGCUGCUUCAAUAUUUGGCAACGCUAAACCAGUAGAUACUACAGAACGCGAACGACAGGUUGAGGAAAAACUGCUGAAAGAGCAGGAAGAAAGACUAGCUGGAUCUAGGGAUAAGGAUACCAAGGAUGAGGAUAAUAGUAGGAGAAAUAUUGAAAGAGGACGACCUCCUGUAAGGAGAGAAGAUAAAGAUAGCGAGGAUAAAGAUCAGGAACCAGAUAAUAGAGACCGGGGGCCGUCUUCAAGAGAGAGGAGAAAUGCUUCUGGUGAUGAUAAUCGUCGCAGUUCUAGAAUUGACAAUCAAUCGCCAGAUAAUAAAAAGAAACCAGAAAAAGUAGAUAAACCAAAACGUGAAGAAAAACAUGAUCGAUCAGAAAAAGAGUUGCCCAAAUUUCAAGAAGCCGAGCCUCCAAACUUCCAGGGAAGCAACAAGUUUGCGUUGCUAGAUGACGCUUCUGAUUAAAUUAAUAGUAAUAAAAUAUUUUUUGGAUUGGAAUUCCGAUUUGUACCUCUUGUCAUAAAUUCUAAAACGUUAAGUAAAACAAAUUUAAUAAUAAUUCUUUUACAUAUUUAUUACUUUAAAUAUAGAUAAUAUUGUGUAUUUUUUUGUGUGUACCAGUACAGAAGGAUUUGUAAUAAUUUGUAUGUGUAUAGUUUCUCUUUUUUAGGUUAAAAAUUGGUAAUUGUGUAAGAAAGAAUUACAUAUUUAUUUAAGUAAUAAUAUCAGUUUUUUUAUUCAAUUUGAUGUUGACUCUGAUGGUGUUUUUCAGCAGGUAUGUCUAUGUCAUCAUAGAAUCUGGGGUCGCUUAUUCUUAGGGAAGCCCUUUUGUACCAAUAAUAGUAGAUGGCAGCAGCUAGAGAAUAGAAACAUUUUAAACACUUUCACAGUUAAUAAAAUAUUUUGAUUUUGCACCUAAAUCAAAUUUUUAAAAUUGUGUUACUUAUGCAAAAUACAUAUACAGAUAAUUGGAAAUGAUUUUUUUUUCUAUACAUAGUGUAUCACUAGAGAUAUAAGUGAUACCCAUAACAGUGAAAGUGCAAAUAAUAUUAAAAAAUACUCACUUAUUCUCUGUACAAUAAACAAAAUGAAAAAUCCUGUGGUCCAGCUGUACUUUGAGUUAUUCCAUCUUGUAGCUAGAGACCAAAUAUGAACAACUGUAGUUAGAAUAAAGUAGAGCAUGCAAAUUACUAGGGUGGUUCUAAAUCUCUCGUAGAGAAGAUACACCAAUCCAG